AAACCUUACGCGGAUUUUUCACAUAAGAGGUGAAAUCCACAGCUGAUCUCCGCGGAUUUACAAGCUGGGAAACUUUAGUUAAUUCGAAAUGUUUGCAUAAUACUUUAUAAGAGCCGGACUGGCUGUUUAACAAUGCGUCUUCUCAGGGGUUGAUGCUGUAAUGUUUCGUAUUGUCGUGUGUGAUUUCAGUGAUGCCCUGCGCGCGGCUCUUGCUGCAGCGCUCUCACGCGCUCUACAGACGCACUGUCAACACAUGGUCAGCUGUUGGAGCAGCUUUUAAUGUUCAGCACCAACGACUGGAACAUUUGAAGAAAAAUGUGGGUCUGUUUGGAGUAUCAGAGCUCAGCAGUCCUGCCGGUUUCCAGAUGGCUCUGUGUCAGGCUCUCAGGGAAGCAGAGUUUCUGGUCCACAGGGCUUGCACACAUCCUCCUGGUGCCGUCACUGUGGAAACCUUUGACCAGCUGUCUGACAGCUUAUGCAAAGUGGCAGACCUGGCAGAUUUCAUCAAAGUGGCUCAUCCGGAUGCUGCGUUCCGGGAGGCAGCGGAAAAGACCUGUGUUGAUAUCGGAACUGUUGUGGAAAUACUCAAUACAAAUGUUGAUUUGUGUCAGAGCCUGAAGAAUUUGCUGGAAAACGAGGCUGUUUUGGCCACACUAGACCCAGACACAAGGAGAGUGGCAGAGCUCUUCAUGUUAGAUUUUGAGAUCAGUGGAAUACAUCUGGAUGAAUCGAAGAGGAGCAAGGUUGUCGCUCUGAAUGUGAAGCUACUGGAUCUUUACAAUGAGUUUUUGAGCGGCUCUCAGCUUCCAAAUGCCAUAGAGAAGCAAGUUCUACCAGAGCACAUCCGCCACUGCUUCUCUAUAGACGGGAACCGCGUUCAAAUCGGUGGCUUGCAUGCUGACUCUCCUAAUGAGCUGGUGCGGGAAGCUGCGUAUAAAAUAUUUCUGUACCCCAACACUAGUCUCUUGCUUUGUCUGGAUGAGCUUUUGGCUUGUAGACAUGAGCUGGCAACGUUAGUGGGCUAUGAGUCAUUUGCACACAGGGCUUUGAAAGGAACAAUGGCUAAAAACCCAGAGAAUGUGAUGAAGUUUUUGAAGUUGCUGACAGAAAAACUCUCUGACAGAACAUCAAAGGACUUCAUGAUGAUGAAAGAAAUGAAGAAGAAAACACACUCAACAAAUCCUGAAGUGAUGCCGUGGGAUCAUGCGUACCUCAGCGGUGCCAUACGAACAGAAAAGUUUAACAUUGAUCCCAGCGUCUACAGUCCGUACUUCUCUCUUGGUGCUUGCAUGGAAGGACUCAACCAUCUCUUCACGCAGCUUCUGGGCGUUUCUUUCCAAACGGUGCAGCCGAAGAUGGGUGAACUGUGGAGCGAAGAUGUUCGAAAGCUGGCCUUGGUCCAUGAAACAGAGGGACUGCUGGGAUACAUCUACUGCGAUUUCUUCCGUAGACCUGAUAAACCUCACCAGGACUGUCACUUCACCAUCCGCGGUGGUCGGCUGAGGGAUGAUGGUGUUUACCAGCUGCCAGUUGUGGUGCUGAUGCUGAGUCUACCUCCACCCAGUGGCAAAACCCCAUCUCUGCUCACCCCCUCCAUGGUGGAAAACCUGUUUCAUGAGAUGGGACAUGCUAUGCACUCCAUGUUAGGCAGGACACGCUAUCAGCAUGUCACAGGAACCAGGUGCCCCACAGACUUUGCUGAAGUCCCUUCUAUUCUGAUGGAGUAUUUCGCCUCAGAUUAUCGGGUUGUAAGCCAGUUUGCACGUCACUAUCAGACUGGAGAGCCCCUCACAGAGAACCUGGUGUCCCAUUUAUGCGAGUCUAAGAGGGUUUGUAAUGCUGCUGACACUCAGCUACAGAUUUUCUAUGCAGCUUUGGAUCAGGUUUAUCAUGGAAAACCACAAUAUAGAUCAACCACUGACAUCCUCAGAGAAACGCAGGAGAAAUUUUACGGGUUACCAUAUGUUUAUGACACAGCUUGGCAGCUGAGAUUUAGUCACCUGGUUGGCUACGGCGCGAAAUAUUACUCCUACCUCAUGUCCAGAGCGGUUGCCUCUAUGGUCUGGAGGCAGUGCUUUCUACAGGACCCCUUUAGUAGAAUGAUGGGAGAGCGUUAUCGCAGAGAGAUGCUCGCUCAUGGAGGUAGUAAAGAGCCUAUGCUGAUGGUCCAAGGAAUGCUACAGAAGACCCCUACCAUUGAAGACUUUGUUGAUGCACUAGUACUGGACCUUGAUGCAAAUUUAAAAUCCCCAGUUUAGUAGACCAUCAUAAAGGUCCUCAUUUUUUUCAGUCUCAUACACCAGGUAUCACCUCACUUUGUCUUGCUGCCUUUUAAGCCUUAUUAAAAUGUGAAGAGAUAUGAAAA